UGCUUUUGUUUAAUAAUGGCUCAUUAUUAUAACAUUGACGACAUUAUCAUGGAUAGGAGGUUAUUGCCUAUGGAUUUUCAUGCUGAUUUUAUCAUCUCAGUUUUCCAAGUGGCUGCUAAUGGAGUUGGACUCCUUGAUCCCAAUGCGGAAACAAAUAGUGUUGAACAAGGUUCAAAGGUAGAGCUACCUUUCUGGCUAGCCCAAGAGUUGCACCUUAGGCAGGCAAUUGCUAUGAAUGUGCUUGCCUGUUUCAAUCAAAAAAUAAGGAAGUCAGUCCAGGCAGAUGCUGCAUGUGUUGAUCUCAGGAAUAGGUGCCCCUACUUCUAUGAAUUAGGGUGCAAGAUUGCACCCCUGGUUGGUGACCGAACCAUUGGGUCCUUCCUCUUGUAUACAUUUUCCAGUAGGUAUAAUGAAGUUUUGAGCAAGGCCCACAGUGCAGCAUUUGCGGUAGCUCCCAAGUUUUUGAAUCUUCUUACAAAAGAAGAAACUCAUUUGUAUGAAGCAGCCCGAUCUUCAAUGGCAGCGUUUAAGAAAUGGUGGACAGGUGGGCCCAGAUUUGAAAGGGCAUCCAUUCUUGGAAUAAAGAGGAAACCUGCUAAUUAGAUGCAAGCUCUGGCUGCCAUUCUAUCUCAAUCCCUUUGCCAACAAAAAGUGGUGAACCAGGAAUUUUAAUAUUUGAGGGG